GCUUCGCUUACAAAUGUCACUGACAGCCUUUUUUUAAGUGUCCUGUUGCAACUUUUUUAUAUCUUUGUGUUUUCUUUGUUUCAGCGACUUUCUCUUCCUAUUAUUUGUAGAGUUUUACUGAACAGGUCAAGGUUAGAAAACAAUCUCCCAUUAUCAACUUCAACUGACGAGCAACGGGAAGGGGUUGAGAAUGAAACUAUUUCUGGCAGCAGUAAUGAGUGCUGCAGUGAUGUGCGGUGGCUGUAGCGGAAAUAGCCUAGGGCACUUGCCAAAGAGAGAAUCAGUCUGGAACACACUCGAGGAGGGCGAGGAGGAUGCUGCGGCAGCAAACAGCUCCAGCAACGCAACUUCUGAAUUCAGGGAGAUUAAUUUCAUCCUCUUCUCUUCGGACGGCAACAGCUCGAUUGGUGUUGAUAACGCACCCGCCCUCCUCGAUGACGCCACGUUCAACAGAUCACUCCGAACUGUUUUCUUCAUACACGGCUACAUGGAUAGCAAAGACAGUGACAGCUCCAAAACUGUGUCUUCAGCCUUCCUACGUCAAGGAUCUUUCAACGUUAUCGUCGUCGAUUGGAGCGCAUACUCUGGCUUUCCGUACCUCUCGGCGCUCAGCAACCUGCCUGGUGCCAGUCGUGCUGUAGCGGACGCACUCAACCGCAUGGUGCAAACUGGGCUUCCGGCAGAGAGUAUCUGGCUAACCGGUCAUUCCCUUGGCGCACAACUGAUUGGGGUAGCAUCUGAUACCAUCACCUUCCAAAUCCAUCAAAUAACAGGCAUGGACCCUGCCGGGCCUGGAUUCGAGACCCCUGGCGUUGCCAGACUGACGCGGGACGCAGCUGAGCUGGUGGAGAUCGUACACACCGACGCUGGCGUUUUUGGCUUCAACGCGCCAUGCGGCGACGUUGACAUCUGGCCUAACGGUGGCACAGCUGUGCAGCCCGGCUGCUUCCUCGAGCUCGAGAUCGGCUGCAGCCACCUUCGCUCUUGGAUGUACUUCGCCGAGGCUGUCAAUCAUGCGGAUGCCUUUCCCGCCGUACGUUGUGCGUCGUGGGACGACUUUCGCCGCGGAGCGUGCCCUGCCAAUGGCGGUGAUGUGGUGUACAUGGCGCACAGUCAUCCCGGACAGAACCAGACGGGAAACUUUUAUCUCACCACCAACAGGGCCUCUCCAUUCGGAAAGGGUCAACAGGGAGUCACGAUCAAUGCGUAGAGGCACCCGUUCUUGGUUUGAGUGGGGUGAAAACCUCGGACCGACACAGUAGAUAUGCAACAGUACUUAUUAAAGAUAUCCAAAAAUGA